GUUUAUUGUUUUAGGGUUUAUGUGUCUGUGAGAGUGAAAGUGAGUUCAGAAGCAGAGCGACUCCCUGCACAGCAACAUGUCCAAGAUAACUCGUCCUGAUCCCGCCCCGAGGAGAAAGUUUCUCCCUUCAGAUAAAAGUGAGGAACACGAGCCGGAAAAGGAGCCGGAAAAGGAGCCGACCAGAGCCGAGCGAGGUGUGACUCCUCCGCCCGUCGCUCCAAAGAGAUGGACCAUCAAGAAACAUGCAGUAGAAAAUGUGUACAUGGAAAUAGUGAACGUGACUGAAACUGUAAACUGUAGAUCCCAACCUCCUCCGCUGCCGCAUCAAAGGGCUCCACAACUCCAGCUGACAGCCUGGACAGAUCUGUUGAGAGAACUUGAAGGAGCGAAGGAGGCAACGAUCAUCAAAGCUCAAGCUGAAAAUCUGUAUAAAGCUAUCCAGUGUUUCAACAUCCUGUUGUCUGAACAUGGAGAAACUCUGAAGAAACACACCCAGGAGCUGCUCUGCAUCGCGGACAACUUAGACAAGGUGUCAAAGGGGACAAAGAUAGCGGGCAUCACAGGCGGAGCGACGUCAGCGCUGGGGGGGGUGGCAGCAGUUGCAGGUGUCGCUCUGGCUCCCUUCACCUUGGGGGCCUCGCUGCUGCUGACGGUCGCCGGCGCCGGGGUGAUGGCGGCGGGAGGGAUCACCGGAGCCUCCGCCGCCAUCGCACACAAGGCGAACGUGGAUCAGGGCAAGAAGAAGAUCGAAAAGACCUUCGAGGAGUUCCAGCAGAUCAUGGGGAAGCUGCAGGAGAGCCUGAGCUUCAUCCAGCAGGGCAUGGAUCAUCUGCAGCAGCACGGCCUCCCCGCCCUCAGCGAGGCCUCUCAGGGGGGGGGGAGAGCAGCCAGCAUGGUGACGCUCACAGCCUCCGGGGGGGUCAGAGCUCUGGCCCUCGAGGCACACGGCCAUGCCUCCGGGCUGAUGGAGGGUCUGGCCCUCGGCAUCAACCUCCAAUUUGCCGAUAAGAAGCAGAAGAAGGAGCAGAAGAAGGAGCAGAAGAAGGAGCAGAAGAAGGAGCAGAAGAAGGAGCAGAAGAAGGAGCAGACGAAGGAGCAGACGAAGGAGCAGACGAAGGAGCAGAAGAAGGAGCAGAAGAAGGAGAAGAAGAAGGGCCUGGAGUCGGGGCUCGCCACAAAGAUCCGGAAACUGACAGAGGAGUUGAACAGAGGCCUGGACGAACUCUACGACCUGUUCAAGGGUUACUGUGCAGCAGAGUAACAGAUACCAUUUAAUUAGCAUAUUUAAAAGUCUUAUAAUAAUAAUAAUAAUAGUAAUAGAUAGAGCGGUGCAGGGAUGACGUAUUUACCCGGAAGUAAGCUGCU